CCUAUUUAACUUUCCAUACAACAUACCGUUGCUUUCAUAUCGCUAAAAUGAUUUUAUUGGUAGCGACAGUUUUCUACCUCAUUGAUACUGACGCUGCAUUCUUACGAUGCUAUCACAGCUCGAAAGACUUCACUGUUACUCCCCUAGACACGCCUCUUGAUCUGCUAAAUUCUCCAUAUUUUGAUAUAAAUAGUAAAACUGUAAUAUAUGCCUUUGGAUACACUGGACAAGUUAACAGUAAUACGACUUCAGUUAUGAGAAAUGCCUAUUUAAACUAUGUAGAUGCAAAUUUCGUACUUCUUGAUUGGGAAAAAGAAGCCAGCGCAGAUGAUCUGGGAUUUUUUGUGGCUUACGGCGAAACAAGCGUUCCAAAUGCUAAAAAGGUUGGCAAUCAGCUUGGAGAUGCAAUUAUUCAAUUUGCUAACGCUGGUUUAGACUUAACGACAUUGCACCUGACAGGACAUUCUCUAGGCGCCCAUCUUAUGGGAUACGCAGGUUACGAAGUGAAUGAUAAAGGAAAAGUUAUCGGCAGAAUAACAGGCCUCGAUCCUGCAGGACCUCUUUUUACGAAACCUUCAUCAUUGGAUGGCUUGGGGCCAUCCAGUGCUGCAUUUGUUGUCGGCAUUCACACCAAUCCUGGAAGAUACGGUACUACCGACAAUGUGGGGGACGUGGAUAUAUGGGUCAAUUGUGAUUUGAGUGAGCAACCUGGUUGUGAUGACGGAAUAGAUGUGCCAUUUGGUCUUUCAGAUAUUGGCAGUCAUAGUCGUGUGGUAUUAAUAUAUGCUGAAGCUCUGAGCAAUCCAAGAGCAUUCCCUGCUAUCCAAGCUUCUAGUUGUAAUGACUGGAAAUCAAAUUACAGUGGAUAUGGAAAGAUCAUUUUUAUAGGAGAAGAUAUUGAUAAUGAAUCGAGAGGACAGUAUUAUUUAAGAACAAAUUCUGGGCCACCAUACGGAGAAGGAGAAGAAGGAAUAGAACCAUGAAGAUUUUAAAUAAUGUUGAAUAAACGUAGCCUACUCAUGAAAACAUGACUUAUUUUUGACUAGCCAAACGAUAGUGCAACAUUAUAUUU